GGGAGCCCGUUGUCACAUAUAUUUGAUAACCUUUUGCAAUAAACGGCCUUUGAGUCAAAACUUGGCUGGGUUCUAAUUUCAGAAUAACCUCAAGCCAAAAAUAAGGGAAGAUUUUGUUGGUCAUGGUUCUUGCUUUUGCCAUUCCUUCUUCUCAUUAGGCUCUGGAUUAAGAAGUGGAAGAUGAUCACAAAAAAAACCCCUAAAAAACUAGUACAUUUGUAGAAGAACAGGGAUUGUUUUAUCCUGGCUUUUCAUAAACGUCUUCCAGUGAUUCCGCCAACAUAAAACAAAUACAUUUGUAGAAGAGCAGGAUUGAUUAUUGUAUUCUUCCAGGAUGAAUGAUUUGUUCUCCAGCUCGUUCAAGAAGUACACCGACCUGAAGCAGCAGGCGCAAAUGGAUGACAUGGAGGCAGGGAAGGAGAGUAUGAAUCUUGACAGAUUCUUUGAAGACGUCGAGAAUGUUAAGGAAGAUAUGAAAACUGUUGAGAGGCUGUACAAGAGUUUACAAGAAGCCAAUGAAGAAUGUAAGACUGUUCAUAAUGCUAAGACCAUGAAAAAUCUUCGUUCGCGGAUGGACAUAGAUGUUGAACAAGUCCUGAAACGCGUUAAAAUCAUCAAGGGAAAGCUCGAAGCCUUGGAUCGAUCCAAUGCAGCUCACCGCAACAUUCCUGGGUGCGGUCCAGGAUCAUCUGCAGAUCGAACCAGGACAUCUGUGGUUAGUGGUUUGGGAAAGAAGUUGAAGGAUCUUAUGGAUAAUUUUCAGGAUUUAAGAGCUAGAAUGGCAGCCGAAUAUAAGGAAACAGUGGAACGCAGGUAUUUCACAAUCACAGGAGAAAGAGCAAGUGAAGAAACGAUUGAGAAUUUGAUAUCCAGUGGUGAAAGUGAAAGCUUCAUGCAAAAGGCAAUUCAGGAACAAGGGAGAGGCCAGAUUCUUGACACAAUAUCAGAAAUUCAAGAGAGACAUGAUGCUGUGAAGGAGAUAGAGAAGAAUUUGAUUGAGCUUCACCAGGUAUUCUUGGAUAUGGCUGCUCUCGUGGAAGCUCAGGGUCAUCAGAUCAAUGAUAUUGAAAGUCAUGUUGCGCAUGCUAGCUCGUUCGUGCGGCGAGGGACUGAGCAGCUUUCUGAGGCCAGGGAAUAUCAGAAGAGCUCUCGAAAGUGGACGUGCAUUGCCAUUGUAGCCGGUGCUGUCCUCAUCAUUGUCCUCUUACUACCAUUUAUACCACAUCUCCUGGCUCUCUUGUAGGAAUGAGAGGGUGCAGAUUUCCUUUUGAACUCCAGAAGAAACACCUAUUUAAUUUUAACCCCAACCGAAAAUUAUUAGUUGUAAGGUUAUCUUGGAAUGCUUUGUUCUAUUUUCUAAGAUAGCAAUUUAGAUUUCUCAAACGUAAGCGCAUCUGCAAGGAAGAUUGGGAACUUUCUCCUCUUUCAGGCAUAUCCUAAAGCAUGUUUCUUGUUUGCAACCCCCAUAGAGGCAAUUAGCAUUUUUUGCAUGAAGUUUUGCUGCAAAAAACCCUAAAGAAGGUCUUGGCAGAAACCAUGACAGUUUGAUUGAAGUGCACAUGUAAUUGCUGGGGAGAAGAGGCCAUCUCGAGAGAAUGAUGUACAGUCAUUGUAAUAUCAAAUUUAAGACUCGUUGAAAGAAA